UACAGAACAGUGACAGUACAAAAUCAGCAGACUUUAGACAUGGCUUCCAAGACUACACAGGGAGGCUUAUCUGUGGCAGUGAUUGUUGUGUUAUAUUCCUACAUAUAUUACUUACUGAUGAAAACACCGGAAACGCCGAAAUUAGAGAAAACCUGGUGGGGAGAGGGAGAGGAAGGAGAAGAUGAUGUCGGUAUCUACCCCUUCAAAAUUGAUGUCACUAACGAGGAGUUGCAAGACCUUGAACUUAGGCUGAACAUUUCAAGACCACCAACGCCACCUCUAGAAACCACCCAGCACGAAUAUGGCCUUAACCCCAAAGUCCUCUACGAAUAUCUACGUAUCCUAAAGACCGAAUACAACUUCACCGAAAGACAAGACUUCCUGAACCAGUUCCCCCAGUUCACCACUCAGAUACAAGGCUUGACUAUCCAUUUUCUCCACAUUGUACCCGACAAUCCCGAAAAACUGCCAGUUUUUCCGAUAUUACUCCUGCACGGUUGGCCUAGCUCAGUAGUGGAGUUCUACAAAAUGGUACCAACUUUAACAGCGCCAACCAAUCAAAGCUUCCUUUUAGAACUUGUUAUACCAUCUCUACCAGGUUUUGGAUAUUCUUCAGCUCCUAGAAAGCCAAACUGUCAAAGUCCGCACAUAGCCCAGGUGUUCCUGUCGCUGAUGAGGCGUCUGAAUCACGAAAAGUUCUACGUCCAUGGCAGCGACUGGGGUGGGGUCGUAGGCGCUGAUCUCGCGACGUUGUUUCCAAAGGCAGUGUUGGGGUUCCACUCGAACUUUUGCUUUUCCCUUCGAUAUAUUUCUGGGGUAAAGGUUCUCCUGGGGAGUUUGUACCCUCCGCUCAUGGUAAGGGAAGAAUUUGAGGAUAAGCUCUACCCUCUUUUGCAUCUCGUCAGGUUCUAUUUAGCUGAAAGCGGAUAUCUGCAUAUCCAAGGGACCAAGCCGGAUACCAUAGGAGCAUGUUUGAAUGACUCUCCCGAAGGCCUCUUGAGUUUCGUGCUGGAAAAGUUAUCAGUCGCCGCAAACAAAGACAAUAUACACCUCGCUAAUGCCGGUUUGGAUAAAUAUAACACGACAACUCUCCUAGAUACAAUCCUGUUUUACUAUUGGUUCCCGAGAACCGCCACCACGUCGGCCCGAUUUUAUGCUGAGAAUCUAAGCGUCAAGGUUAUCGAGCUAGGGGUACAUAAUUUACCCGUUAACAGAGAGGUCCUGUGCGGCUGUGCCUUUUUCCAGCACGAGUUUGUCUACCUCCCAGAGAAUAUACUGAGGGACAAAUUCACCAAUCUAGUGCACUACACCACGUACAAAUCAGGGGGGCACUUCGUGGCUUUGGAAGAAGGCGAUUUGUUGGUCAAAGACAUCAUCUCGUUUGUUUCAAAGACUUUAAAUUAGAUAUCGACAAAGCCUAAUAAAUUUGAUAACCAUGUAGUUAAUUUAUUAUACAACCAAUCAUAUUA